AUGUUUCCAGAGGUCCCAAAUCCCAGAAUCCUCAGAAACGAAGAACUAAAGCCGGCUCCAUGGGAUUUUAAACGAAUCUGGAACAAUUACUGGAGGUUGAACAUGGUCAUGUAAGCCAAUUAUUCAUAAAUGUUUGUUUAGUACCGACUUGAAGGAGGUGGCCCACAGCCGGCUCGAGGUUAUAGAAACACGAGAAUGGAGGCGGCCAGGAAGCGUGGAAUACGUCAAUCAACUUCCCAACCUCGAUAUCGCUUGA